GACGUACAUACGUCAUGUACUCGCAGGCCUACGUGACGCGUGAGUCUGGAAUCAACUGAUGUUUUGUGUCAACGAACUCUCUGCGUGAUUUCCCAAGGUUUCCACGCCGCGAAAUGUAUGAAGAAAUGUCAGCAGAGAGAAACUGGACAGACACCGAGACGAGGGCGCUGCUGUACAUCCGACAGGACGAAGAAAUCAGUAGGCAAAUCAGCGGAACCGUUCGCGAUUCUCUUAUUUACGCCGAAAUAUCGAGGCUCCUUCGGGCGCAAGGCAUCCACAGAACCAAGCGACAGGUCACCACCAAACUGAAAACACUCAAGCAGAAGUUCCUGAAAAUUCACGAGCAUCACAGAAACAGCGGGCACGGUAGAGUGUACUGGAAUUAUUAUGAUCUCUGCAAGUCCAUAUGGGGCAGCAACCGCCUCACGAACACUUUAACACUUCAUAAUAACGUGAAACUCGAAGAGCCCCAGAGUACAUCCAUCGAGGACGCGCGAAAUGAGAGCAGAUCCACUGACAUCGAGGUGUCCAUCACUCCUGAAGACGCGGAGACGGAUGACAUGACAGAAGGCAGCUGUUCGUUUGAAGAGCACUACAGUAAUUGUGGCUACAGCGUGGCGUUGGGGACUAAUGGCUUCGCCUGGGAGCAAGUCAACACCUGGGAGAGACCCUCCAUGGACGCGGCCGUUCCCACAGGCUCCUUCAUGAUGGUGAAUGCUUCGGGUCGUGCAUCAGGCCAGAAGGCGCACCUGCUUCUCCCCACACUAAAAGAGAAUGACACCCACUGCAUAGACUUCCACUACUCUUUGUCCAGCCGGGAUGGGACGAGUCCCGGAACCCUCAAUGUCUACAUAAAAGUGGAUGGUGGACCGCAGGGGAAUCCCAUCUGGAAUGCCUCAGCACCCGUCACUGAAGGCUGGGUGAAAGCUGAACUGGCCAUCAGCACCUUUUGGCCCAACUCCUAUCAGGUUAUUUUUGAGGCAGUAUCUGUACAAGGGCAUCCUGGGUUCAUCGCAGUGGAUGAGAUACACGUUUUGGCCCACCCUUGCCGCAAGACACCACAUUUUCUGCGGCUGCAGAAUGUUGAGGUGAAUGUGGGACAGAAUGCAACCUUCCAGUGUAUUGCUGGAGGCAAAUGGUCACAACAUGACAAACUCUGGCUACAGCAAUGGAACGGUAAAGACACGUCUCUCAUGGUAACCCGAGUGGUGAACCAUCGACGAUUCUCCGCCACCGUUAGCGUAACGGACACGUCACAGCGGAGCACCAGCCGUUACCGCUGCGUGAUUCGUUCCGAUGGAGGAUCUGGAGUGUCCAACUAUGCUGAGCUGAGCGUCAAAGCGCCCCCCACACCCAUUGCUCCUCCUGAGCUUCUCGCAGUUGGUGCCACCUACUUGUGGAUCAAACCAAAUGCCAACUCCAUCAUCGGCGAUGGUCCCAUCAUCCUGAAAGAGGUGGAGUACCGCACCACCACUGGAAACUGGGCCGAGACUCAUGUCGUGGAUGCGCCAACUUACAAGCUCUGGCAUUUGGACCCGGAUGUGGAGUAUGAGAUUAAAGUUCUUCUGACCCGACCUGGAGAGGGUGGCACUGGACCGCCGGGACCUCCUCUCAUCACUCGGACCAAAUGUGCUGAUCCAGUCAACGGUCCCCAGAACGUAAACGUGGUGGACAUCCGUGCCCGUCAGCUGACCCUGCAGUGGGAGACCUUUGGAUAUGCGGUGACACGCUGCCACAGUUUUAACCUGACUGUACAGUACCAGUAUGUGUUCAACCAGCAGGAGUUUGCCGCUGAGGAGCUCAUCCCGACCUCCUCUCAUUACACUCUGAGGGGACUCAGGCCUUUCGUGACGGUCAGACUACGGCUGGUGCUGGCCAACCCUGAGGGCAGCAAGGAGAGCGAGGAGAUCGUCAAACAGACAGAGGAAGAUGUUCCUGGCCCCAUUCCUAUGGAGUCCGUCCAGACAGGCCCAUACGAGGAGAAAAUCUUCAUGCAAUGGAAGGCCCCGAAUGAAACUAAUGGAGCCAUUACUCUCUAUGAGAUCACCUAUAAGGCACUUGGCUCCCUGGACCCCAGUGCAGAUUUGACAACACAACGUGGCCGGGUCUUCAAACUCCAAAAUGAGACACAUCAUCUCUUCGUUGGGUUGUAUCCUGGCACCACAUACUACUUCACUCUGAAAGCCAGCACCAACAAAGGCUUCGGCCCACCCGUAACCACCCGUAUAGCCACCAAGAUCGCAGCUCCAUCCAUGCCUGAAUAUGAGACCGACUCUCCGCUCAAUGAGACGGACACGACAAUCACCGUCCUUUUAAAACCCGCCCAGUCACGAGGGGCCCCUGUCAGUGCUUAUCAAGUGGUGGUUCAAGAGGAACGGAAGAAGAAAGUUCGCAGAGCCACUGAUGUGUUGGAGUGUUUCUCCAUUCCUGUUAGUUUCAGAAACGCCUCCAUCUUGGAUUCACCUCACUAUUUUGCUGCCGAACUUCCCCCUGUUAGCCUUGCUGUAGUACAGCCCUUUACUAUAGGAGACAACAAGACUUAUAAUGGCUACUGGAACGCACCGCUGUCACCAGCCAAAAGCUACAGUAUUUACUUUCAGGCCCUGAGCAAAGCCAAUGGGGAAACCAAAAUCAACUGUGUGCGACUAGCUACCAAAGUGGUAAUAGGUAGGGGACAAAAUACCACGCCCUACAUACUUGUCAUUCCCAGUGAAGGUGCAUCUACCCAGAAUUCCAAUGACAUAGAGCCUGAAAAACAGGUGGACAGCACUGUAAAGAUGGCAGGCGUCAUUGCGGGAAUCCUCAUGUUUGUCAUCAUUCUCCUGGGCGUUCUUCUCACCUUCAAACGCAGAGAAAUCCACACCUGGAGAACUCUAAGUGUGGGGAAACUAGCUAAAAAACAGAAGGAGACAGCCAGCAGCAGUACGCAGAGAGAGAUGGGACCCGUAGGCACAGCGGAUAAAAGCACAGGAAAAGUCAGCACGUUACACAAGGACGAUCCGUUCUCCACCAGCAACCAGGACCUCAACGGAUUCUCCUCCUCUUCUCCAUGCUCCUUCUCCAUCCAGGGUAAAGCCCUUCAGAGCAAAACCCUCCUCAACUCUUACUACUCAGUUUCUAAGGAGCCAGUCCCUGCCACAGCCUCUAUAGAUGGCAGCCACAGUGAGAUGUCCCAGCCCUCGAUGACCAUCCAGACGUACCCAUAUGGAGGCUGUGAGUCGGUGGAGAUGUCCUACCAGGCCGGCCAGUUCCAACCGGCCAUCAGAGUGGCAGACUUGCUCCAACACAUCACCCAGAUGAAGUGUGGGCAGGGUUACGGGUUUAAAGAGGAAUACGAGGGUCUGGCUGAGGGACAAACGGCCCCUUGGGAAACUGCCAAGAAAGAUGAGAACCGCAACAAGAAUCGCUACGGCAACAUCAUCGCUUACCCCACAGACGAUCACACUCGUGUCAGGCUGCAACUGCUGGAGGGAGACCCCCACUCUGACUACAUAAACGCCAACUAUAUAGACGGCUACCACAGACCAAGGCACUACAUCGCCACACAAGGCCCCAUGCAGGAGACCGUGAGGGAUUUCUGGAGGAUGAUUUGGCAAGAGAAUUCUGCUAGUAUCGUCAUGGUAACCAACCUGGUGGAAGUGGGCAGGGUGAAAUGUGUCCGGUAUUGGCCUGACGAGACCGAGGUGUACGGAGACAUUAAAGUUACGCUGAUCGAAACGGAGCCUCUUGCAGAAUAUGUGAUCAGGACUUUUACUGUUCAAAAGAAGGGUCAUCACGAGAUUCGGGAAAUCCGGCAGUUCCAUUUCACCAGCUGGCCCGAUCACGGCGUUCCCUGCUACGCCACAGGCCUGCUGGGCUUCAUCCGCCAGGUCAAGUUUCUCAAUCCUCCAGACGCAGGGCCCAUCGUGGUGCACUGCAGUGCUGGUGCUGGAAGAACAGGCUGUUUCAUUGCAGUGGACAUUAUGUUGGACAUGGCAGAGAGUGAGGGUGUGGUGGACAUCUUCAACUGCAUCAGAGAGCUGCGCUCACAGAGAGUCAACAUGGUUCAGACAGAGGAGCAGUAUGUGUUUGUGCACGAUGCCAUUCUGGAAGCUUGUUUAUGUGGAAACACAGCUAUCCCAGUGUGUGAAUUCAGAGCCAUCUACUACAACAUCAGCAGACUGGACCCUCAGACCAACUCCAGCCAGAUCAAAGAUGAGUUUCAGACUCUGAAUAUAGUGACACCGCGUGUUCGUCCGGAGGACUGCAGCGUGGGUCUGCUCCCGCGUAACCACGAUAAGAACCGCAGCAUGGACGUCCUCGCGGUGGACCGCUGCCUGCCUUUCCUCAUUUCUGUUGACGGCGAGUCUAGCAACUACAUCAAUGCAGCGCUGAUGGACAGCCACAAACAGCCGGCGGCCUUCAUCGUAACGCAGCACCCUCUGCCCAACACCGUGGCCGACUUCUGGAGGCUAGUGUUCGACUACAACUGCUCCACCAUUGUGAUGCUGAACGAAAUGGACGCUGCGCAGCUCUGCAUGCAGUACUGGCCAGAGAAAGGCUCCUGCUGCUACGGCCCCAUUCAGGUUGAAUUCAUCUCCGCCGACAUUGAUGAGGACAUUAUCAAUCGCAUUUUUAGGAUCUGCAACAUGGCACGGCCACAAGAUGGCUACCGGCUGGUCCAGCAUUUCCAGUUCAUUGGUUGGCCAGCGUACAGAGAUACGCCGCUGUCCAAACGCUCCAUCCUGCAGCUGGUCAGACGACUGGCCAAGUGGCAGGAGCAGUACGACGGAGGAGAUGGACGCACGGUGGUCCACUGCCUGACUGGUGGAGGACGCAGCGGGACGUUUUGUGCCAUCUGUAGCAUCUGUGAGAUGAUCCAGCAGCAGAACAUCGUGGACGUGUUCCACACAGUCAAGACACUGAGGAACAACAAAGCCAACAUGGUGGAGACAAUGGAGCAGUACAAAUUCUGUUACGAGGUGGCUCUGGAGAGCUUGAACGCCUUCUGAACGUACGAAAGGUGAAGAAGAGGGAAAAACAAGCAAAGCAAUCUUCUCUUCUUCCUCAGAAUGACAUCUCAUCUCAUCACAAACUCAUCGUUCAGGCUUUCCUCUGAGCUUCUGUGAUGAGAACAGGAAACUAAAGUUCAACCCUUCACUGUAAAAUACUGUAUAAAUAAAACAAAACAUGAUUUGCCAUUUCUUUCUUCUUCUGUCAAUGUCCAGCAUCAGAGCGUGUAUCCUGGACCGUGAAGUGAUCUUGUACAGUCCUUUUCCUUUUUAGCUAUACGCCUUGAAUGUUACCCAUCAAUGUAAAGAACAACAGUGAAAAAAAGCUUCUUUCUACAUGCCAGCUGGGAUCAACCAAAUAGACUUUCCCUGAGCUCUGUACAGAUUUAAAGAAAAUUAGAAAAAAAAUAAAUAAAUAAAACAAAGCUUAAGCAAAUUUGCAGAGAAACGUGAGGACGGAUAUUUUUGUUAUUCUGAUGAUUUUCGUGGUUCCUCCCUUUGGUGCGUUUUCACUCUGCCUGCUUUCUCACACACGUAUGCCGCUCGCCUACAGACCAGCAUAAAGAUUUUCGAAAGUUGGAAGUUUUGGGUAAUAUUUGUUCUAUUGCCGUUUCUGUCUUUUCUUUUAGUGUUUGUUCUUUCUAGAAAUAGAUGUUGCCAUUUUGGUUUCUAGUAGGCAGUGAACGUUAAAAAAUGUAUCUAAAGUAUUUUCUGUUUGUCAUUUGCACUUUAUGUCUGUUACCUCCAAGGGUGAAUCUCACAAAUAAUGAUAUACUACUGUAUAUAUAACAAGAAAUUAUAUUUAGAAUCAAGAAAAUAGAGGCUAUUUUAGGACCGUUAAUUGCCCAAUUGUUAAUUGUCUACUGUAAGGCAAAAAAAAAAAAGAAAAAUCACAUCGUCAAAAACAAAAAAUAAAGACUUAAACAUUGCCUUUAUGAAAAAAAAAGAAAAAAAAAGAAAAAAGACUUUUUUUGUUUUUUUGUCUUUUUUGUGAAAUAUGUCCUGGAACUUUUUUUUGUGAGAUUCACCCCCAUUUAUUUGUAUCUACAGUAUUUGUAAAUCCUGUUGCAUCGUUUGAUUUGAAGUGCCAUACUCUUACAUUAAACAGAAGGACUGCCACCAAACCAUAGACAAGAUGCUUAUCAGGAACAUUGUGUAGCUCCAUUUUGACUAAAAAACAGCUGGCGACUGAACACAACAACUUUUUUUGUAAACCAGAAUUUGGUUGAGAAGCUUUUCUCCUCAAGCUUUCCGAAACUCUGCAUCUACAUGUUUUCAGUGUGAUAAAAAGCAAGUGAAUUUAACUGUAAAUCCAAGAGUUUUGCACGAAAACUGUGACUUGACUGUGAUAUUUGUUUCUGAACUGCUGAAAUGUAUUUUGCAGAAGAAUAUAUGAAUGUUUCACUGAAAACAAAGGUUAUGGCACCUUUUUUUUUUUUUUGGACUGUGAUUUUUUUAUCUUUUUGAAUUUUAAUGAAUUCACUGCCUGCUUUUUGUUUGACCACUAUGUGUAUUUUUUAUUUUAAUUUUUUUCAAUGAUUAUUUAUCAAUUAUUUGUCUAGCAAAGUGGUAUGUAGAGCUGGUGAUUUCAUGACCAUGGUGGUUCUGUUGCUUGGAAUUGUGAUAACAUAAAUAAAGGGACCAAAAUGUUGAACAGCAA